AUGUUGGAGGAGGAUGAAACACAUAGUCCACCAGAGCAAAUUACUGAAGAUUGCUACAAAAAAGCCGUGGAUUACGUCGAAUAUCUACAUGCACAGAAAGAAAUGUUUGCUGAAUUCGUUAAAGCUAUUGUUGAGCCUGCUACAGAGAAACCGAGGACACAGCCAACGGAGAUCGACAUCUCUACUGCCAUCAUACGUUUUCCAGGACGACUGGUUACUUAUCAAGCCUUCAAGAAGUUCAGCCCCCGCUCUUUGAGAAGUGUUCAGAAGCCAGAAUAUGAUCACUGCACCCAAACACUUAAACGGUAUGGCCAUGUUGAAGAAAUCCGCGUCCCUCGAAGCGCCCAGAAGGUUCGCGUUUUUAUUAAGAAAACAACCGAUGAAAUUGUCCAUUGGCCGGCGGAUGCUCCAUGCACGCGAGAAGAAUAUGGAGAACGAAUUUCCGAGCCAGUAAACAGGCUUAUCACAGAGAAUAUUAGAACUGCACUUGUCAAUGCUGGACAUAUCACACGCGCGGACAUUGCAUAA